AUGGAGAUGAGCAAUGUGUACGACAGCCUGUCUUCAAGUUCUACCGACACAAGUACAUGUAGCUCCACAACGCCACUUAGCCCUGGCCCUCCACUAGCUUCUUCAUCUCCUACCCGUCGAAAAACCUUGCGGAAACGAGGUCAGGUUAAGCAUAAGAUGAAAAUCUUGAACAUCAAUUUCCAAAGUAUCAAGAAUAAAAAGGAAGAACUUGGUACUCUUAUUGACUCUACUGAUCCUGAUAUUAUUCUUGGCUCUGAAACAUGGCUCAACAGUUCCAUAUGCAGUUCAGAAUUGUUCCCCCCAGGCUACGAUGUAAUUCGGAAGGAUCGUCUUGAUGGGUAUGGAGGAGUAUGCAUUGCAAUAAAGAACAACCUUGUAUUUGAGCGUCUAACCUACAGACUGGAUCGGGAGAUAGAAGCAGUCUUUAUAAAACUUCAUAUUGACAGGCACCAAUCCCUAGUUAUCUGUGCUAUGUAUCGCCCACCAUCCAGUUCGAUUGCUUACAUGAAUGACCUUUGUGAAGUAAUAGAGGAUAUUAACGCUGAGAACCGCAACACUGUUUUGUGGCUUGGAGGGGAUUUAAAUCUCCCUGACAUCAAUUGGACCACCCUAGCUAUUGACAGGAACCAAUAUCAAAAUGCUGUCAACAUGAGAUUCUUGGACAUGCUUCAUAACUGUGGGCUUGAACAAAUUGUAGAUUUUCCAACAAGGCAGAACAGCUUUCUUGACCUCUUCCUUACGAAUAGACCUACCCUUGUUUACAAGUGUUCUCCCCUUCCUGGAAUAGGUGAUCACGAUAUUGUGUCUGUGGUGUCCUCUAUCAAAGCUAGCAGACGCAAACCCGUGAAGAGAAAGAUCUGCCUCUGGAAGCAGGCAGACUUAGAGAACCUGAAGAAGGAUUGCCUUGUAUUCCAGAACAGCUUUACUGGUCAAUACUGUACUUCUAGCUCUGUACAAGACAUGUGGCUUGACAUCAAAACAACUCUGACAAAGCUGCUGGAUAAGCAUGUACCUUCAAAGAUGUCAUCAACUAGAUACAACCAGCCCUGGAUAACUCGCUCUGUCAAACGGCUCUCAAGAAAGAAAAAAAAGUACUAUAACAGAGCGAAGACCAGCAAUGACCAAGCUGACUUUGAGAAGUACCAGCAGGUCAAGAGACAUUCCAGAAUUGCCUGCAAACAAGCUUACAACAAGUACUUGACAGAUAUUGGCAGUCCAGACACCACAAGUAAUCCAAAGCGUUUCUGGAGUUUUGUAAAUAGCAAGCGCCAUGAUGCCUCAGGUGUAGCACCAUUAAAGUCUCAUGAUGGUCUGACUACUGCUGACAGUCUCUCUAAGGCUAACAUCUUAAGCCAACAAUUCUCAUCGGUAUUUAACCAUGAUGAAGAUAUGACCAGCCUGAGAGACAAAGGGCCUAGUGCUUACCCAUCAAUGGAUCAUAUAAUCAUCUCUCCCCAGGGGUCCAUAAGAUUCUGUCUGAGCUUGAUAUCCAUGAGGCAUCUGGUCCUGACGAAAUUCCUGCCAGACUUUUGA